AAAAAUAAAUGUGACGUAUGGAUGGACAGUCUGCUUACUGAUAUUUGCUUGAUAUAUUUUUUCUAGAGAUUUGCUUAAUCCAAUCAUAAUAGCCGGAUCAUAAUAAUAUAAACCCAUCAUCAAUUUUGUCCAAUUAUUUAUAUCUGUAUAUCUUCUCUCUGUUUGUUUUCCAAACGUCAAAACGGAAACUUAUCCAACGCAUGUUAUAUUAAGUUUAUAAACCUAUGUGAAAUAGGUUUAAGUUUAGUUCAAAGUAUAAAGUAGCUAUUUAAUAGAAAUACUAGAUUUUGAUCCGCGCUUCAAAAGCGCGGGUUUUCUUACAAUAAAAAGUUUAAUAAUGUUAAUGAUUUUUGUAUGUUAUUAUGUUACAAUAUUGAAUUAUAUCAAAACAUAGAAUUUUAUAAAAUUAUAUGAUUUAUGAAUUAAUUUAUUUAAAAUUUUGUAUGUAUAUUAUUAUGUAACUCUUUCUUAGGUCCAAACAUUUUGUUUGGUUCGAAUAAAAACCGAUCCGAAUCGGUUCAGAUCCAAGUCUACGGCAAAGUACCUAUUGGGUAUAUUUCAGACCCGCAGUGUCGGUUUAGGUUUGGAUUCUAUAGAGAUCUGAACCGGUACCCUGAGUAUCUAAAAUGUAUUGUGUAUAUUAAAUAUAUUUUCUGUUUCAAAUAUGUGUUCGGUAUCACGAUUAUUCUUUUGUGUUUCAGAUUAGGUUUUCGGUUAAUGUUUCAGAUUUCAAAUAAAAUGAUAGAUUUUUAGAAACAUAUUUCGUGUAUAAAAUUUUGAAUAUAAUUAAAAAACUUUAAAGUAUUGUCAUGUUUCUAUACAUUAUGUUUUACAUAAAAGUUUUACAUUCUGUAUAUAAAAAAAUUUGGUUCAUAUAAUAUGUUAAUAAAUGUUGUAAAUCAGCAUUUAUGUGGAGCGGAUAAAUUAUCAUCAUAGCUGACAAUAUAAACUAUAUCUAAACAUUAUCUUUCUGGUAUUUGAAAAUAAAUGUUAAUAUUAUUUUUUGUUAAUAAGCAUAAAAUCUGGUGGCAGAAUCUUUUAGUUUGGCACAAAUAUUAAACAUAUUAUGUGGAGUUGAUUAAUUAAGGUGAUAUAAAAUAUAACAUUUUAAUGAAAUGGUCUAACAACUUUUUAUAAGUAGAUUUUUAAAGAUUCUUUUAGUAGUAUAGAUUACUUUAUUUUUUGUCAGUGCCACGAGUAGUACUUACCAAGAAACAUACGUAAGAAGCCACCUACCUCUCUUUUCUCCAAAUGGUAAAAUAUUAAGACAAGACAACACAAGUCAUAGUAAGAAACAAGAAAAUUGUGGAGCCAUGACUAGCAUUCAGACUCUCGACCUAGAGAUCCAAGUGAACAUGACGGCCGAUAGAUUUUUCAACAGUUUCAAGAAGAAAGAAGGAAAUUUCACAGACAAGACAGAAGCAGUUUCUGUUCAUCGUGACGAUCCCAAAUCCAACUCCUCGAUUCAGAUCUGGAACUUCAUCGUAGAUGGAAAGAUGGAGCAGGUUAAGGAGAAGAUAGAGGUUGAUGAAGAGAACAAGUCGGUUUCUUUCUUAGCUAUUGAAGGAGAUGUGUUGGAGCAAUACAAGAGCUACAAGAUAACACUUGACGUUGUUCCUAGAGAUGGAGUUUGUGUUGCCAAGUGGACAUGGGAAUACGAGAAGAUACACGACGACGUUCCAAUCCCUACUAAAUACAUUGCCUUCGUUGCAGAUUACACGCGUGACCUCGAGACUAGGUUAUUGUCCGAAUCAUAAACAUCUCAUCAACGUUUUCGAGUUUCCUUAUUAAAAUAAAUCAAAUCUUAUAGUCCCUGUUUUGGUUCCUCUUUGGACUUGUGUUCAGCCUAUUUGUAGAUAAAAUGUGUUGUUGUUGCAGUCUCUAUACAUGCGCGAACUCAAAUCAAGACAUCAGUUUCUAUUUAUUAUCGAUAAGUUUUUGUAGAUCGCUUUA